UUCGCGUGAAUGAUAUGCCGUUGUUGCUGCUGCAAAAGUAAAUGAGAAAUCGGACCACUCGCGAGCUGCUUUUUCGUUUUUCGUCUAUUCUGUGCCCGUAACUGUUGGUGCGUUUUCCGUUCGCGUGUGCGUCAUUUCCUGGGUUUAGUUGCACGAAACAGAAGAUGUCAUCCGGAAGGCCGAUCAAAUGUGUUGUCGUUGGCGACGGCACGGUAGGCAAAACGUGUAUGCUGAUCAGUUACACGACCGACAGCUUUCCAGGCGAAUAUGUGCCCACGGUGUUCGACAACUACUCGGCGCCGAUGGUGGUGGACGGUGUGCAAGUCUCGCUGGGACUGUGGGACACGGCCGGGCAGGAAGACUACGACCGAUUGCGGCCCCUAUCCUAUCCCCAGACCGACGUGUUUCUCAUAUGCUACAGCGUGGCGAGUCCAUCGUCGUUUGAAAACGUUACUUCCAAAUGGUACCCUGAGAUCAAACAUCACUGCCCCGACGCUCCCAUCAUCUUAGUCGGCACCAAAAUCGAUCUUCGAGAAGAUCGCGAAACAAUCAGCGUGUUGGCCGAGCAGGGCCUGUCGGCCUUGAAGCGGGAACAAGGCCAAAAGCUAGCGAAUAAGAUAAGAGCCGUAAAGUACAUGGAGUGCUCGGCGCUAACCCAGCGAGGCCUAAAGCAGGUGUUCGACGAAGCGGUACGGGCCGUGCUCAGACCGGAACCCUUGAAACGACGUCAACGAAAGUGUGUUGUGAUGUAGAAGGUGGAUGUGUCUGGUUUGCCAGCGGCGGACCGUGGGGCCGGCCACCCGGGGCUGGGGUGACAAAGCCGGGGGCCGGCACCGGCACAGCGAACGUGUUUAGAGCAAAUAUUGUACAUAGAUUUAGUGAUGCGGGUUGAGGCAAAAAGCAAUGGAAAAUCAAUGAAGAAUCGGAAGAAGAUCGGAUGACGACGUGGGGCGUGCAAAGUCCCCGAAAAGUAAAAAGAAAAAAAAACUAGUAACCUAACAGCAAUCAAGCGAACCGGCAGAUCGCGGAUUCGUUAGGCCGGUUCAAACACCAAACAUAAGUACCGCGACGCGACGAAGGAACGGAAGGAAGAUGAGGAUGUACACAGAGAUAGCCUGUGACGCUAGUUUUAUACGGUUAGUGUGUUUUGGAAUUGGGUUUUAUUUUUGUUUUAACUUUUUCCAGAAUGAUCGUGUGCCAUUACAACCGGAAACGUGCGGAUUCGAAUGAAUCAAUGCGAGCGCGAUAACGUGCGUGAUCGCGCGGGUGUUGAGGGACAAAAAGUAAACAGAAAGACUAUCGCGCAGCGAAAAAGAAAAGAGAAAAUUAAAACCGGACCAUGUUGCGAUAAGCGCGAUAUAUGGCGAAGCGCGAGCAUUGAGAUUGGCGCAGAGGCACAUGAGAGGACAAAAACAAGUGACACACGCACGGGAAAUACCAAUAUGCGCGAGCAGGCAGAGCACACAAAGGAACUAGCCAAAAAUACCUCACUUUACGUAUUGUUUUCCACCCCGUCAAUUUUACCUUUCGGUGCGGAAACAUCAAUCUUACUCGAACCUCUUUGAACCCGAAUCAAAACGCUAUUGCUUUUAAGCUAGAGGAUGGUUGUUGGGCAGUUUUACGAGCAAAGUGCGCUUUCAUUACGCUGCACCGCGGUGCGCUACGCAAUAGUACUAACGCCUGUGCACCGUACAUCGAAUCGGAAGGUCGGUUCCGACAUUUCAUAUCUCACCUACGGUGGAGCUCCGUAGCCGCCGUACUUCAUCUCACGUAAAGAAGUAAAUCUCAUUCCGCGUAACGCACCACAGCAAUGGGGACCCAGCCGCUUGUCCGCGAACGCUGCCUCGAAUGCUUACUGAGUGUGCCGUGAAGACUGUGGUACUGUGGCCGAGUGGUACAGAGGGAACCGGAGAGAGAGAGCCAAAGUGUUUUUUGUUUUAAGCUUUUAACUUUUUUAAACUUAGUGUACGCGCGAGGGUUGCGAAAGAUUUGUUUUGUGUCACUUUUAAGCUAUCAUUUAACAAAACCCUAAUUUUUUCUCGCGCUCGGUCAAACGAGCUGAGGGCCUGAGUUUCAUACGUAAACUGCUUCCAGACGAAGAGCAACCGUGGGCACGAUCGUGCGAAACAACGAAGUGUGAUGGGUAGAGGGAUGAUCGUACAGGAACCCAAAAAUAGGAUCAUAAUCAAAGAGGAGACCCAGGUUGUAGGUGUUCUAGUCGCUAAGGGUCACGAAACCCAUCAAACCGCUCGAUGAUCAUUGAAAGCCAGGUUUGGCUGGGGAUAGUGUCCGCAAAGGGGUGUAAUCACGACGAGUAGUGUAGCGUCAAUUAAGUGAUCGUAACAGACGAAAGCUUCGGGAACACGCUUUCCACUCUCUCCUUAUUUCGUCACGAUCGGCGGUGAUCAUGGGUUUGUUCACCUGUGGAAGCGAUAGCCCUGUAGUACGUUCAACUCGCCUGCCUGGAAGACUGCCAUAGGGUUUUCUCUUGGUUUUAAAAAACGAAACUUUAUCUGUUCCCCAAGACACGAUGUAUUAUGUUUAAACUCACUGAUUUUGCGGCAUCCUGUUCCGGGGUUUUCAGUUCUGGUAUGUUUGGUUUUCACGUUUUCGAAAGAGGAGAGAGAGAGCGAGACAAACAAAGCGUACAAUACGAAAGGUGAUGCAGGGAGCGACAGCAGCAGCAGCAACGGCAAUGUUCACAGGAACGGCAGAGGCAGGACACGAGAGCACGCAAAAAUGUAACACGUGUUCAAGUAAAAUCGUUUGUAUUUUGAUAUUUAUUUGCUUGAUUAUAGAAUCGACGAUUCAAACCAUGACAAGGAGGAACAAAUCGAAACAAAACGAAAAACUAAAAAAGAAACAUACUAACAUCUUGCAUUGCUAUAGAAUAAAAA